AUGAGCGAUAAUGGUCAGAAUGAGACGAAUAAAACAGGGUUACAUUAUAAUUCCGAAAAUGAACAAAAUGAAUAUAUAUCAAAUGGCUUAUUAAACAAUUUCAGUAAUUAUUUAAAGAGAGAAAAUGAACCUGAGUAUUCUGGUUUAUAUUUGAAAGAUACUAGGUAUCAAAAUAAUGGGAGCAAUCCAAAAAUACAAAAUAAAACAUUCAUUGAUUAUGGGUUACACACACAUAUAAUUGAAAACAUUGUUGGUAUAGAUGAUAAUAAUUUACCAUAUAUCAAUAAUGAAUAUAAAAGUUAUAUUAAUAGUAAAAACAUAAUUUUAAUAAUAGACAUAUAUGUAUAUAAUUUGUUUUUUCAUUUUAAAUAUAUUGGUAAAAAUAUAAAUAAUUAUUAUUUAUCCUUUAAUAAAAUUGCAUAUCCAUUUCAUUUCAAUUUUCAUAAUAAUAAUACAUGUGAAAAUUGUGCUUUAAAAGAGAAUAAUAAUAAUGAAUGUAAAAAAAAAAUACACAAAGAUAGUGAUACUAUAGGACAAACUCCAAAUUGUCACCCUCCAAAACAAUGUUAUCAUAAUAAAAAAGGCAAAAACAAAAAUGAAUUUUUACCUAAAAUUUUAUACAUGUGGUGUGAAAGACUAAAAUUGGCAAUAAGUAUUUAUAAUGAUAAUAAAAUAGAGUAUAUGAAAAAAAACCAUGAGCAUUUCGAAAAAAAUACUUUUAUCUACGAUCCGAAUAGUAGAUAUAGUGUAAAUGAGUGUAUAAAAAAAUUAGAAGAAAUAACUUUUUAUGACAAGAAUUAUGAUGGGUUUAAAAAUGUUUAUUUCGGGUCUCCUAUUUGUAAUAGCAUCUUAAUAAGUAAUACUGAGAAAAAUAUGAAAUUAAAAGAAAAGAAUAAGCCCAAUGUCAAUCAAGGAAUUUCCAACAAAGUAGAGACAAAAUGGGAAAGAAAAAAAAAAGACAAGAAAUCAGAUCCAAUAUCACAAGAAAAUAAUAUGUAUGAUUCAGAAUUGUUUAGCAAUAAUGUAACUGAUUUAUAUUUAAUUAAUUUAGUAAAAUGUAAAAUUGAAGAAUACUUUAAAAAUGUGCAAAUAAAAAAAUUUUGGAAUAUAAUAAAUGUAAGAAAUUUAAUUGAAUUUGAUUAUAAGCAAAUAAAUAAAAAAACAAAUAAUAAAAUAGAUAGUAAUAUAAAUAGUAGAAAAUAUAAUGAAUCUAUUUAUGAAUAUAUUCAAAUUAUAAAAAAAACAAAAUAUAAAAAAGAUAUAAAAACAAAUGAAAUGACAAAAAAUGGUUACAAGAUUAAAAGAAAUGUAUCACAUAAUAAUAUUACCACUAGUAAAAUUUCUGAAAAAAAAAAAUUGGAAAAAGAAUAUAUCAUUAAAGACAUGUUUAAUAAUACAAUGAAAGAUUAUAAUGUUAAUGAGAUUCAAAUAUAUUUAAGUAAUUAUGAUAAUAUAUUUUUCAAAACAAUUACAUCUUUUUAUCUUUUAUUAAAUUUUUCUGUUGAAAUUAUGUCUAUAUUAUAUGAAAACUUAGAUUUAUAUUCCUACCAUAUUUUUUAUUUAUAUGAGCAAGUUAAUAGAUAUUUGUAUAGUAAUAAUAUGGAAAAUAUCAUAUUUGAGAUUCAUCAAAAAAAGAAAGACGUAGAUUCAGAUCAAAAUUAUAGCAAAAAAUAUGGAGCCACUAAUAAUUGGCAAAAUGAUAAAACAUACAUAAAUUGUAACUCAUUCAAUGUCCAUAAGAAUAGUGAGAAGUAUAAUUUCUUAGUCAAGGUUAAUAACCAUUUUAAUAAGCUUUCAGAUAAAGAUAUAAAAUUUGAUUCAGCUGUUUUUUUUUUAUUAAAAUUGUUUAUAAAAAGUAAAUGUAAUGAAGAACAAAUUCGAUGUAGAUCCUCUGACAAUAAUACAAAUUACAAGUCUGUCUACAAACGUUUAAAAAUUGAAAAAUAUAAAGAAAUAUUAAAAGAAAUAAAAAUAUUAAUUAACUAUUUAAUAAAUAAAAACAUAUUAAAGGAAAAACAUAAUUUAAAUUAUAUAAUAUAUGUAUGUAAUAAAUAUGAUAAAAAAAUAAAAGAGUUAAAACAUACUAGCAAUGUUAAUAAUAAAUAUGUGGAUAUUUUAAAAAAAAACUUCCUUUUAUAUUCAUUAAAUUUUUAUGAAUUUGAAUUUUUUUCAAAUAAAAAUAUAGACAAUUAUUUAAAUACAUUAGAUCAAUCAAAAAGUAGUAGAAAAAUUAAAUUAAAAAUUCCAUCAAGAAUAUAUAUAACGAAGACACUAAAUGAGUAUGUUGCAUUCCGUAAAAAAACUUUGCAUAUAAAUAAAAAAUUAUAUGGAAAUUAUUUCUUUAAGCCUCAUCCUGUAGGCAGUAAUAAUAUAACACAAUCAAGCAGUAAAUACAAAGAUAGUAAUAAACCAAAUCAGGUAUUUACAAAAAUCACCAUAAGUAAGAUAAAAAGAAAACAGAGAAAUGCCUAUUUACGAAAGUUGGCUAGCAAAGUAUAUGCCAACUUUAAAGCAGCACAUAGCAUGUACACCAGUUUUAAAGAAAGUAGAAAUAAAAAAUUUGAAAACAUAUUUGACAAAAAAAAGUGUAGCUACUAUCAUGAUGGAAAUAAUAAUGGUUGUGUAAAUGGGAAAGAGAUAAACAUAUUUACUAGAUAUCAUAAAAAUGGAAUAAUAAAAAAACUAAAUUUGAUAAAACUUAAAAACAAAAUUUGUAAUAUUAUAAGACGAAAAAAUGUAGUUUAUAAAAAAGUUAUUAAAAAAAUUAAAGAACGAGAAAAAAUAAAUAAAAAAAGUAAAUUAAGAAAUUAUGAAAUAUAUUAUAAUAAAUUUAUAGACAUAUUUAAAAAUUUAAAAAAACAAGAUAUAAUAAUUAGAAAUAAUUUAUAUAAUAUGAUAUAUAAUAUAAAUGAAAGUUUAAAUAUAUAUUAUACAAAUAUAUGUCAUUCUAUUCAAUCUGAUAUUUUUAAAAAUCAAGACGUUGAACAUUUUAUGAAAGAAAAGAUUGAAAUAUUAAAGGAUGGUAUAAAUUUAUAUUCUACAAAUGAUAAUCUUUUUUCAUUUUAUAAAAACAAUUUUAAUUAUCAACAUCAAGCCGGUUUAGAUAAUGAAGAAAAUGCAAAUUUGAUGAAUAGUAAUGAUAUAUUCAUAGAUAUGCAUGAAAAUACUGUGGCAAAUAAUCCGGAAGUUAAACUAAUCAAUACUAAUAGUUAUUCUUCUUUACAAUUUUUGAGUACUAGUAAAAAUGUAAAAAAAAACGGUUUUAGAGAAUCAGAAGAAAUUGAACUCCCCUUUUCAAACACAUUCAAUGAUACAAAGUUACAAGGAUGUAUAAAAUGCCAUUCUAAAUUAGACACAAAUUUGUUAAGGAAAAAAAAAAAAGUACUUUACAAUCUGUUUAAUUUAGAAAGCUAUUAUAAAGAGAAAAAUAAAAAAAUAAAUUAUUUAGCAUAUGAUAUAAAUAUUUUAAAGGAAUAUUUAUAUAUAUAUUUAAAAAAAUAUUUUGAUGAUAUUAUUAUUUUAUUUGAAUAUUUUUAUUUUUUCUUUUCAAACAAUACUGUUAAUCCUGAACAUGGUGAUAUAAAAGGAAAUAAUGUUAAUAGUUGUAAUUCUACCAAAAUAAAUAAUGAAAAUAAAAAUUUGAAACAUAAAGACAAUUUUGAUAAUACAAAAUAUGAUGGUAGAAACACACAAGAUAUUGGAAUUUAUAGUGAAGAACAUAUAAAUAGUAAAAGGUCAAUUGCAAAAGAAAUAAAUAAUCAAGAUAAUGAAAAAAAUGAAGAUUUAAUUUAUGAAUAUUUUUUUUUAUGUAGUUAUGACAAUUUUAAUAAUACUACCGAUUUAGAUAAUGUAAAUAUAAAAGAUCGAAGUAAACAUUCAAAACAUUAUAUGAAUUAUAUUCUUACAAAAAAAUUAAGAUUAUUUAUAAAAAAUGAUUUAAUACAAUUUAUUAAUAAAAAUAUAAACUUAAUAAAUAAUAAUGUAAAUUUUAAAAUUAUAAGUAUCAAACGGUUAUAUAACAAAGUCUUAAAUAGUAUAAAGUUGUCUAGUUCGACUAACAAUUUAUUUAUAUAUCAAAUAUUAUAUAGUAUGAUAAUUAAAUAUGCAAAAUAUAAUCAAAAUAAAUUAAUAAAAAAAAAUAUAAUGAAUAAAUUAUCUACAUGGGAAUGGAAUCGAGAUGAUAAUGGGGAUGUAGAAAAAAAAAUAUCUUUUUUAAAAAAAAAAAAAAAAUAUUUACAAAAGUUUGGGUUAGAUUUAGCUAGCUUAUCAGAUGAUGUCAUUAUUUUUUUAAAAUAUAUCACAAUGUUUGAUUCAACAAAAUUAGAUUAUUCAAAUAUGGACAACAUUGAUAAAAGUGUGUAUUUACAAAAAGAAAUACCAACAGAAUUUAUAUCAAACAAAAAUAAUGUAAAAAAAAAAAGAUAUAGUAGUUGUCAAAGGGAAAAUAUAAACAACCCUUUUUAUAUAGACAAUAAUGAACAAGUUAAAGAAAAUAAUAUUAACGACUUUUCAUUAAAGUCCUUUUUUUUUAGUAUAACUAACUGUAGAGAUGUGUCAUAUUUAAAAAAUGUUCUCCAUAAAAUUAUUAAAAAAAAAAAAAAAUAUAUAAUAACAACAUCAGAUAUAACAGAACCUAUAGCAUGUAACAAAAACAAAUGCAAACAUAUUAAUAAGACAAAACAUGAAGAAGAGUAUUUUGAACAGCUAUCCUAUAUCUAUGAAAUAGUUAAACGAAAGUCUUUAAAAAAAUAUGAUAACUUAAAAUUAUUUAUAACAAUAGAUAAGAAGAAAAAAACUAAGAAAAGGAAAUUAGAUUAUGAUGAAAAUUUAAUACCACCAAAUUUUUAUACUGAUAAUACAAGUAUAAUGAUUAAAAAAAUUCAAAAAAAUAUUAUAAAAUUUAUAGAUGAUAAUAAAUAUGUUUUUCCUUACAUAUUUAAUACAUUUGAUAGUAGUACAAAUUAUGGAUUAAAUAAUUAUGAUAUUAUUAAUUUAAAUAAUAAUUUUAUUUUUUUCCAUUAUAUUAAUAAUAAAUCUGAAUAUUCAUAUAAAAAUUCAAUUUUAAAUUAUAUUUAUGGGUACCCUAUUUUAACUGUCCAUACAAAAAAUGAGGAUCCCCAAAGUGGCUAUAUUAGCAGCGAUGCAAAUAGCCAUAUCAUUGACAAAAAAGAAAAGGAACCUAGCCAAUCGGAAGUAUAUCAAGAAUGUUGUAGCAAAUAUGAAAUUCGAAAUUGUAAUGAUAAUGUAGAACCUAAUAUAUACGACGAAAUUGUGUACACAUUUGACAAAAAAAAUAUUAACAUAAGUGAAGAAGCCCCUUCCCAUUUUCAAACUAACGAGUGUAAGAUGAAAAAUUUUAGAACAUCUUCAUGUCCAAAUAGAGAUUAUGAAUAUUAUAAUAGACAACAUGGAGAACGAUUGGAAAAAGCCAGAAGAAAAAAUCAGAGAGCAAACCUUAUAAACAUAUUUAAUAAUGUGAAAGCAUUUAAUAGUAUUCCUCUAAAAUAUAUUCAUUUAUGUGUUAUUUACGAUAUAUUUAAAUUUUUAAAUUUACAUCAUAUUAUUCAAGAUAUUAUUAAAAAUUUGUAUAUUGAAAAGUUAAAGGAAAUUCAAGAGAGUUAUAUAUUUUCACAAAAUAAUAAUACCAACUUAUCAAAUAUUUUGAUUUGUUUCCUUUUUUAUUUUUAUUCCUAUUUAGAUAUUUUACUUGGAAUUAGAGAUGGGAAUUUUAUCAAUUUAACAAAGUUUGAAAAUUUCAAUAUUUUCAACAAUUUUAAUGAAAUAGUAUUAAAAAGACGUAAAAAGAAAAAAGAAGGGAAUAGUGCUCCUAUGAAAGAAACUCAUAAUAAAAAAAAAAACAAACAAAAUGUUAAUGAAGAUUUUGAAAAUAUAAAGCAAAACUAUAUAUAUUUAGACAAUGAUUUAACUAACCGAAGUACCUAUUUAUGGAUAUUAAAAAGGAAAGAAAAAAAUGUUUUAUCUUUUCCAUAUGUUGAUGAAAUAUAUUUAAAACUUCGAAAUGGUCCAAAGCUUAAAAAUAGCUAUAAAAACUUUUCUACAAAUUUUCAAAAUUUUUUAAAUUUAUAUUUAGAUUAUAAUUAUUCUUUUUUAAAUAGUGCAAAAUAUAGUGAUGAAAAUAAGUCGCAAUUUUAUUUGAUUGUCCAAGAUGAAGAUAACAAAAAUUUGGAAAAAAUUGAUACUACUAAUUCGGUUUCAAAUUGUAACAGUUUUUGGGACUAUCAAAAUAAAGCAAACACACUUCUUAGAAUCCAUGAUGAAGAAAAUGAAAAUUAUAAAACAACCAUUUCAAUGAGUAACAUCUUUAAAAAUAGAAAAGAUACAAAUAUCUUGUAUGAUUAUUCUAAUAUUUGUAUUAGUACUGUAGAAAGUAAUUAUGAAAAUUAUAACAGUUGUUUAUUCUUAUCAAAAAUAAAUUUAUUUAAUUCUAUGAAAUAUUACGAAACCGGUGUUUGUUGUUUACAAAAUUAUGAACUCAUUAAAAAGGAUGUAGAAAAAAAUGAAGGUCUUACUUAUUUUGAAACUGACACAUCAAAUAGUAGAGAUAAUAUAUGUAGUAAUAAUUUAAUGGAUAGAAUUAAAUUUAUGCUUGAUAUAUUGCGAAUACAAUUAAAUUACAUAUUAGACAAAAGAAAAGAAUGUAUUGUUAAUUCAUUAACAGGUUAUAAAAUUAAUAAAAAUGGAUUAGAAGAUAUAAAGUUUGCAUAUUAUUUAGUUUAUUUAUUAGAUUUUGAAAAGAAACAAAAAAAUAUAUCCGAUAUAUAUAUAUAUAAAAAUAUAUAUUACUCAUUAAUAGAAAGCUUAUUUACUAAAAAUAAUAAUAAUGUCAAUGGUAUAGAUUGUGAUAAAAUUAUUUAUAUAAUAUUUAACUUGAUAAAAAUUACAAGAAUAAUAAAAAUAAAAAAUAAACAAAUUCGAAAAUUGUUUAAGUUACUUCAAAAAUAUUUACAAAAUUUUCCAGAUUUUUUUUUUCAAAUUUUUAAUAAAAUAUUCCUUUUUAUAUAUAAAGACACCAAAUUUGAAAAUAAAUUAUUUUUAAAAAAAUAUCUAGAUGUAUAUUUUAACGAUAAAAGAAUUAUACUUCAUAUAUUAAAUCAUAUUAUGACAUCUGCAAGGAGUAAAAGAGCUAAAUCAAUAGAUGGAAAUAAAAACAGGACAUGUAACAAGGCCCUUACUUAUGAACCUCUUGGUGGUAGUUCCUCAUUUUAUGAAAAAAAAAAUGAAAACACACAUAAUGGGAUAAGAAAAGAAGAAAUAAUAAACCUAAAUAAUAGUACAGUUGAAAAUAAACAUGAUAAGUAUGCCUAUAACAUUUUUGAUCAGAAUAAUAAGCAGGGUUCCAAAAUGAAUAAUAAAAAUAAUAUGGUGAGUAAAUGUACAAAUGAUUUUCCAUUAACAGAUAUACAAGACAAUAAUAAUCGAAAAAAUGAUCGAAAAAAUGAUGGAAAAAAUGAAGAAAAAAAUGAAGAAAAAAAUGAGGAAAAAAAUGAGGAAAAAAAUAGGAAAAAAAAAAGAAAUAGAAAAAAAAAAAACUUUUCACAUUUUAAUCAUGAAAUAAUUAAAAAAGUAUUUUUAAAGUGUAAAAAUAUUUAUUCUAGUGAUACUAAUAAUUCAAGUAAUGGAAAUAUAUUUAAAAUAAAAAAUAUAAAAAAUCAAAAUUAUAAGCAAUAUGAAGAAGAGAAAAAAAUAUAUAUAUUUGAAAAAACUAAGAAAAAACAAGUACCAUUAAGUAUGUCAAAAGAAAGAUGGGAAGGGCAUAGUACUAAUCUUGUUCCUUCAAAUGAUGUACAUAUAAAACGAGGGGAAAAUAAAGAUAACUAUAUUCAUGACAAACAAAAUAAAACCAUAUUAAAGAAUAAACCAUUUGAGGAAUACAGUUCUGAUGAUUUUCUUGAUUUUGUAAAUAAUAUAUAUAUCAGACACAAUAAAAAUGAAAAAAUGGACAAACAAAUAAACAUGCUAAAUCAUAAUAAGUACUACAAUUAUGGGCUUCUAUAUUAUAACAAGCGACGUAAUAAAUAUGAAAGUAGUGAUACAUCAUCAAAUAAGUAUACAUCGGAUAGUUCUUCUGAUUAUUCUUCAAACAGCUCUAACAAUAAAGAUAAGUUAGUUUUUGACAUGGAUGAUAUAAAUAUUGAAAAUUCUGGUAAACUGCUAUCCCGAUUAAGUACUGUAGAUAUAAAAGGAAUAAAACAAAAUGAAGAAAUAAAAUAUUAUGAAACAAAUGAAUAUCCUUUAUAUGAUAAUAUAAAUAAAGAUAAAAAUAACGAGCCUAUAGAUGGUCAUAACAAUUAUGAUAGUCAUAGUAGUAGUGAUGAGACAAUUUGUAAUAAUAAUAAAAAAAAUAAUUAUUUUUAUAAUUUUUUAAACUCAAAUAAUAAUGAUGAUAGUUCUUUUUGUUUUAUAAAAUAUAAAUCAUAUCAUGAGUUUAAUAAUAAGAAAAGAAAAAAAAUUAAAAAAUAUAAAAUAAAAGAAAAAAAAGAAAAAAGACAUCAAACUGCAGUAAUGUAUAUGCCAUUAUAUAUUAGUAUAGUUGGUGGGUUAGAUUUUUUUUUAUAUAAAUAUUAUAACUAUAUUUGUGAAACAUAUAUUAAUCCCUAUUUUUAUAUUAAUACAUAUUAUUUUGAAAAAUAUAUUAAAAAAAGGUAUAAAAAUAUAAGAAAGGAAGACAAUUAUUUAGUGUACGAUUUUUAUUAUUACAAUUACAUUUUUUUAAAUAAGUUUAGCACAUUUGAUAGUUUUAAUUCUAUAAAGGGAAAAAAAAUGGAAAUAAAUAAGUACAUCAAGUUUUUUAAUUUCAAACCGAAGGUCAACCAAAACAAAAGUCUCAUAUGUAUGAGAAAUGAAGGGUGUAACAAUUCUAUCCCUACAUGGGACAAUGUGAAGAAUGAAAAAAUGAAUAACUCCUAUUAUGGUGAGGGAAACGAAUUAGAUAUCUUGGCUAUUUCAGAAAAAAAAAAAAAUCCGAGUACUAAUAAGAUCGUAAAUAUAUAUGAAUCUGAAGAAGAAAGAAAUGCGCAGAUUCAAAAUGUUUCGAUAAAUGUUAGUACAGAAAAUAGACAAGAAAAGAUUAAUAAAUAUGUAAACCCAUAUAAUAUAAAUAAAAAUGAUAAUAUAAAAUUUUAUCCUAAUUUAAAUCAAAUAAAUAAUAAUCUCGAAUUUGAUGAUGAUAAUUUUUUUUAUACAGAAAAUAGUUUAAGUAGUGAUGAUGAAGAAUAUAGAGGUCGACGAAUAGACAUUAAUGACAUUCAUAUUUUUAAAAGAAAUUUAUUUAUUAUAGAAUAUUUUGAAAAUUAUUUUAAUUUUUCUUUACUUAUACGUAUGAAAAAUAUAUUAUUAGACAUGUUUGAAAAUUAUAAUUUAAAUUUACCAUAUAUAAAUAAAUACAUUUUAAUAAAGGAGAAAAAUAAUAUAACUAAAGAUCCAUAUUUAGAUAUUAAUAAUGUGUUAUCAAACUUUUCAAACAAUAAAUCUAAAUAUUAUAAAGAUGUAUGUCCCGAAUGGAGUUUUGUAAAAUUAAACAGGUUGAAAUUGGACAAAAUUAAAGAAAUAAAUUAUAAUAAUAAUAGUAGUCGUCUAAAUAUUAUUGAAAAUCAAAGUGACUCAAAUUAUAACAAUGCACUACAAGAAUUUUUUUAUGGUACUCCCAUACAAAUUUCGAUGACCAUACUAAAUCCUGAGUAUUGGAAAUUUGAGGCUUUAAAAGAGGAUCAAGCAUUAAAGCAUAUAAUGCCAGAAUGUGUACAAAGAUAUUUAAAUAUAAUUAAUAAUAUAUAUCAAAAAUAUAAUGUAGAUAAAUAUUUAAUUUUUUUAUAUGAUUUAUGUUAUAUAGAUUUAAAUAUUAAUGAUUAUAUGUACACAUUUAAAUUACCCGAGGGUUUAUUUUUUUUAUUUUUAUCAAAUACAGAAAAUCAUGCCAUAGAUAGGUAUAAAGAUUCCUUAUUUUUUAGCAACACAAAAAAAGACAAUGUAAAUAUAAAAUAUAAUUACGACUACAUAUUCAUAUCCUCAAAUUAUAAACAUAAAGAAAAUAAGACGCUUCAUAUAAUUAUAAAUGACAACAUAAUUUUGUACGAUUUUCAUAUUAUUCAAAAUCACCAAAGUUUUAGUGCACCCACAAAAAAGAAGCGAGAUAAGUUGCAAACGGGGCAAGAAUGGGAAACGACCGAAGGAGCUGAAACGAUAGAAACAAAUUUCAUACCAAGCCAAACAAAAGCAAUUACAAAAUAUUGUCAAUUAAUAAAAUUAGAAGGUGGCAAAGAUACAGAAAAAAACGAGCAUAUACUCUUAAACAUGUCAGGAAAUAAUAUUUUAAAAGAAACUAAAAUAAUUGAAAUAAAAAAUGUAGAGAAAGAUAGACCAGAUGAAUAUUCUAUAACAGGUGAAGAACAAAAUAAAAAUGAUACAUUUGUCAACGAAAUAAAAAUUGAAAAAAUAAAUAAAUGUUUUAACUCAAAAGAUGAGGAUAUAAAAUGUGAUAAUAUUAAUAAUAGUGUAAGAAAUAAAAUGCUAUUUUUCAAAAAUAAAAAUACAAUAAAUAAGCAAAUAUCAAGAGAAAAUAUAUAUUACAAUUUAAACUUUUUAAAAGAGUUUCAAGAAAAAGAAAUUGAAAAAAUUAAAAAUAUACAAAAUAUUAAUGAUAUAUAUAUAAAGAUGUUUUUUACUGAAGAAUAUUUAGUUCAAAAUACUCAGUUUUCAGAAAAAUAUAUCAAAGAAAUGUUAAAAAAAUUAAUUCAGGAUAAAUUUUUACAAAAAAAUACAUUUAAAGUUAUGAAUAAACAAAAUAAUAAAACUACACAAUUUACUGUUUAUUGUAUACUUGAUUUUGAUACAAAUGUAGAUGAAAAUAAAAUCAAAAAUAAAUCAGAACAAAAUGAAAAAUGUCUAGAAAUGGAAUCACAAUCACAAUCGCAAAUAUGGGACCCCAGCACAUUUAAUGAUCAAGUUCAAACAAAAGACAACAACAAUACUUAUCCUCAUUAUAUUGGAGAAGGUGAUGAUAAUGGUAAUUCAAUAAUAAUAGAAACAAAAAAAACAAACGAUAAUACAUUACCUAGUUUUAGUAGUAACACUUUUAAUAUGAGAGAUAAUUGUAUAAUUGAAAAAAGUAAUCUCGUAUCUUUAUUUGAUAAUGAUGGAUAUCUUAAUAAUUUUAUGCCAUCACAAAGUCGUAAAAAUAUAUAUACUGAAAAGUUCAGUAAAAAUAAAAUCGAUAUUCAUAAUAUAAAUAAAAGUUUUUGUGGUGAUAAUGAAAAAAUAAAUGAGGAAAUAGAUUUAAUAAAUACUUAUAACAAACAAAUGAUUGAAAAUUGUAAUAGCAUUUUCAACAUGUAUAGUAACAGAAGUGAGAGUAGUGAUUAUUUUAUAAAUAGAAAAAUAAAAGAAAGUAAAGAAAAAGAACAAAUAAAUAGCUUAAAUAUAAAAAUAGGCAAAAUUACUAAAAAUAAUGAAAAAAUAAAAAAAAAUAAAAAAAAUAAAAAAAAUAUUAACAAAUUAAACAAUCUUUCUAAUGAUCAAAAUAUACUAGUUAAUAGUUUAGUUCCGUAUAUUAGUAGAAGUAGUACCGAUAAAGAUAAAAUAGGCAUAGACAAUGAUCUAAUACUAGGCAACACCAACGGAAUUAACGAGCCCGUGGAUUACUUCUUAGACGAUGUUGCUACCGAUGAUGAGGAUGAAAAGGAAAUAAAAAGGAGGAAGACAUUUGAUAAGUUGAAUUUGGAAGGAUCGUAUGAAUUUUAUGAAAAUGAAAUAUUAAGAAUAACAAAAGAUAGAAUGAAUAAAAUGAUGUCUGAACCAGGAAAGAAUAUAUCAACCCCACUCUUUUUGAUUGUAAAUAAUUUAAAUAAAACUUUACAAGAAAUGAAAUUAAAAAGUACAUCUCAACCUGAGGUUUUAGCAAUUUUAAAUAUUAUGCUCAAAAAAAAUAAAAUAGCAAGAGUAGGAGGAAAUUGGCAACCCGUAUAG